CGCGGAGCGGCGCGGGAGCGCUCUCUUCGUCUCUCGCCUCGUCUGCGCUGCGCUGCCUCCCUCCGUCCUUCAUGGAAGAGAUGGAAGAGGAGCUAAAAUGCCCCGUGUGCGGCUCCUUUUACCGGGAGCCCAUCAUCCUCCCCUGCUCGCACAACCUGUGCCAGGCGUGCGCCCGCAACAUCCUCGUGCAAACGCCCGAGGCGGAAUCCCCGCAGAGCCGCCGCGCUUCGGGCUCCGCCGUCUCCGAUUACGAUUACCUGGACCUGGAUAAAAUGAGCCUGUACAGCGAGGCGGACAGCGGCUACGGCUCCUACGGGGGGUUCGCCAGCGCUCCCACCACCCCGUGCCAGAAGUCCCCGAACGGGGUGCGGGUGUUCCCCCCCGCCGCGCCGCCCCCCCCCCCCGCCACCCUGGCUCCGCCGCCGCCGCCCCGCAACGCCUGCCUGACGUGCCCGCAGUGCCACCGCAGCCUGGUGCUGGACGAGCGCGGCUUGCGAGGUUUCCCCCGCAACCGUUUGCUGGAAGGCGUCAUCGACCGCUACCAGCAAGGCAGGGCGGCCGCUCUGCGCUGCCAGCUCUGCGAGAAGGCGCCCAAGGAGGCGGCUGUCAUGUGCGAGCAGUGCGACGUCUUCUACUGCGAGCCCUGCCGCCUGCGGUGCCACCCGCCGCGGGGUCCCCUGGCCAAGCAUCGCCUCGUCCCCCCGGCCCAGGGGCGCGUCAGCCGCCGCCUCAGCCCCCGCAAGAUCUCCACCUGCACCGACCACGAGCUGGAGAACCACAGCAUGUACUGCGUGCAGUGCAAGAGCCCCGUCUGCUACCAGUGCCUCGAGGAGGGGAAGCAUGCCAGCCACGAGGUCAAGGCGCUGGGUGCCAUGUGGAAGCUCCACAAGAGCCAGCUUUCCCAAGCCCUCAACGGUUUGUCAGACAGAGCCAAGGAAGCAAAAGAGUUCCUGGUCCAGCUCCGCAACAUGGUGCAGCAAAUCCAGGAGAACAGUGUGGAGUUUGAAGCCUGCCUGGUGGCCCAGUGUGAUGCCCUCAUCGAUGCCCUCAACAGAAGGAAAGCCCAGCUGCUGGCCCGCGUCAACAAAGAGCACGAACACAAGCUGAAGGUGGUGCGAGACCAGAUUUCUCACUGCACAGUUAAGCUGCGCCAGACCACGGGCCUGAUGGAAUACUGCCUGGAGGUCAUCAAGGAGAACGACCCCAGCGGCUUCCUGCAGAUCUCCGACGCUCUCAUCAGGAGAGUGCACCUAACCGAGGACCAGUGGGGCAAGGGGACGCUCACACCCCGGAUGACCACAGACUUCGACUUGAACCUUGACAAUGCCCCUCUGCUGCAGUCCAUCCACCAGCUCGAUUUUGUGCAGAUGAAAGUUUCCUCCCCAGUGCCGGCGCCGCCGAUCCUGCAGCUAGAGGAGUGUUGCACCCACAACAACAGUGCCACCCUGUCCUGGAAGCAGCCCCCCUUGUCAACCGUGCAGGUGGAAGGCUACAUCCUCGAGCUCGAUGACGGCAACGGCGGCCAGUUCAGGGAGGUGUACGUGGGCAAGGAGACCAUGUGUACGGUGGACGGGCUUCACUUCAACAGCACCUACAGCGCACGCGUCAAAGCCUUCAACAAAACAGGAGUCAGCCCGUACAGCAAGACCCUGGUCCUCCAAACGUCUGAGGACACGCAGUCAGAAGAACAGACCCUCCCUUUUCCAGUGCCUUUGGAAAGAUCGCAGCUUCGUAGAAUGAGUCCUUUCUCCUCCACCCUUAAUCUACAACCCAGCUUCUCGGGGAGAUCCUACUUUGAGCUAAGAUCUUCGGCCCACCAGCUGAGCUUGCAUUCUUCUUUACAGUCCCUGAAUUCAGCUGGAUGCAAUUUUGAGACACAAGGAUCGCCUUACUCUCAAUUAGUUGACAUUAAAAAAAUGGUGGCAGUUGCUUGGUUCUCUUUCGAUCCUUCCUCGGCCCACGCUGACAUCAUCUUCUCCAAUGACAACCUUACUGUCACCUGCAACAGCUACGAUGACAGGGUUGUGCUGGGGAAAACGGGCUUUUCCAAAGGGCUUCAUUACUGGGAGCUCUCAAUUGAUCGUUACGAUAACCACCCUGACCCGGCCUUUGGUGUGGCGCGCAUCGAUGUCCUCAAGGAUGCCAUGCUGGGCAAGGAUGACAAGGCCUGGGCCAUGUACGUGGACAAUAACCGGAGCUGGUUCAUGCACAACAAUUCGCACACCAACAGAACCGAAGGUGGGAUAACGAAAGGCGCCACGGUGGGAGUGCUGCUGGAUUUGACCAGGAGGACCUUGACAUUCUCCAUCAAUGAGGACCAGCAAGGACCUGUCGCCUUUGAGAACCUGGAGGGUCUCUUCUUCCCCGCGGUCAGCCUCAACAGGAACGUGCAGGUGACGCUGCACACUGGCCUGCCUGUCCCGGAAUUCUACACGUCGCGCUCGGCCAUGCCCUGAGGAUGCUCCCGCAGCCGGCUGCGUCUUCUUGCCAUGAGAAGAGCCAGCCUGUUCCUUCCCGCAGGACGGGGCCGGCGGCCGAGCCGCAGGGUUCCCGCUCGCCACCGGCCAGAGACGGCGAGGCAAAGCGGGACGGAAGCCCGUGCCUCUGGGCCGUCUCUGAUCUCCACCCUCCCGCGCUGUCCUGUGUGUGUGCGCUUCGCUGUUUAGCUCUCUUUGGCUGAUGAAGUACAUAGGUAGCCUGAGAUGUUCCUCUGUGUCCGCUUUUAGGUUUGAUUUUAUUGAGUUGAGUUGGGUUUUGCAGGAGCAAGGGGGAACGUUCAUCUCUCUUAGCCUGGAGGGACCCCCACCACGGGAAGGCUUUUGCCCGUGCCAGCUCCGUUAUGUUGCAGGCUAUUACUUUCCCCCAUGGCCUUUCUUGCAGAGCACUCUCAGUCCCAUGUAGAGGUGGGUCCUGGAUUACCAGUCAGUCUCCACAUCCUUACCGAAACGCCCAUCCCUUGUCCCCCUGAGCGUUUCUGUGGGGCGAGGGGUGGCUGCUCUGUCCCUGGGAGCUCCGGGUGCCGGCACCGAGAGCCCGUGGGGUGCUCUCCCACGCCACAGCCAUAGCCGGAGAGCCUUCACCCGGCUCUUUGGAGAUUAGCGUUUAUUUUUUUAUAGUUGCCGUAUAAAGCUUAGCCUUAACUACUACCUGAUAGUGUCCUUCCGUUCACAGGAGAAUUCAUUCUGCAGCGAGGCUCUGACGGGGACCCCGGGAUGGGGAUGAGGAUGGGGAUGAGGAUGGGGAUGGGGAGGAAGGAGAGCUGGCCACCGCCCUGCCACGCGCUCAGGAACCCGUGCCCGCUGCCAGCAGCAGCUCCCCUCCGCCUCCGCUCCCUGCCUCCACUUGCUGGUAAUUCAGAAGCAGGAGAGGAGCGGGGAGGUGGUGGUGGGUGCCGUGCCCGGUGCCAGCCCCCCUCCGCCCCGUUCCCAGGGAACGCACUGCAUGCGCAUAACCCCAUGCUUGGCUUUUCAGUUCCUCGCCGUCUCCCGGCGUGGCUGGAGGAGCUGGGGGAGGCAGCGGUGGCGCUGCCCGGUGGGUACCAGCAAUCCCAGCUUGGCCGGAGAGCUGCGGCUGCUCGCUCCAGGGUCGGGUGGGAUGCUACGGGAGUACCGGUCCAGCGGAAAGACCAGUGUAAAUAGAUCAUUCCCUUCCAGCAUGCCCUCUUCUAGGACGGUCCCGUUCGUUUCCUUGUUGCUCUCGUAUUAAGUUUACCUAAUUUAUUGGAUGGGUGCUAUCUUGUUGACUCACACCGAGGAGUUUCUCUCAGCUGCAGGAGAACCGUGUUGCAGGACAACGCCGAGCAGCUCUUUGGUGAAUUCCUGACGAGCCCCCGUGGCCGGCUCACCCGGGGCUCCUCUCUCAGCCGUUAUCCCCCAUUCUUUAGGAUGUUCAUGGUGCUUAUUAGACUCCCAGUGAUUGUACGAUGUCGUCCCCCUGUACCGCGAUGGUAGCUGCAUACAGCCGCUGUGCUGAAGAGAAGUGUCAUGUUUGCUGUUCUAAUAAAGGACUUUUAUGAGA